GUACAAGGUCUCGCGAUAACCUUUGUAUAUUAAAAAAAACUAAAACGACCAACUAGCCAUUAUUUGCUUUUGUUUGAUUACCGUAUGAGCUUUGCUGUGUGCCAAGUUUGCACAAUGUGGUCUAUUUGUCUAUUUUUUUGCGCUUUGCCUUUGGCGCUAAACGCGGCCAACAUACUCGUGUUUUGGCCAAUGCCUAGCAAAAGUCACUUCCGGGGCUUCGAGCCUUUAUUCACCGAGCUUUCACGCCGAGGUCACAACGUGACCGUGGUCAGUGCGUUUCCAAAGGCCAAUCCCCCGGCCAACUAUACGGACAUUCCCGUCGGAGAUGUUACUCAGGGUGGCAAAGCGCCCCCCAGUCGACAUCGGUUAAUCGAACGCGACAUAUUUCAACUGGCCCAUUCGGCGCCGGCGUUUAGCCGGAAUCACGCCAUGAGCUUUGUGCGUUCCGAGCCGUUCCAAGACUUCAUUCGGUCGGACAGCUAUGCGUUUGACUUGGUCGUGAUCGAAUCUUUUUUCCAAGAAUACACAGUGACGUUGGGGCACAAGUUCAACGCGCCAGUAAUCAGCGUAUCGCCCACGCUUCUAAUGCCGGCCGUCAGCAAAUGGAUGGGCCUGCCGUCCACCUUCUCGUACGUGGCGGACAUCAGAGUGCGGUCGACCGACCGGAUGUCGUUUGCCGAAAGGCUGAAAACCACUUACAUUGGUUUCGUUCAGCUCUACGUGGACCGGUUGACGUACGCGCCCGUGCAGACGGACAUUUGUAAUCGGUAUUUUAGAUACAAAAACUGGCAAUCCAGACCUUCGGUGAGCUCGAUGCUCGGCAACAUCUCAGUGCUUUUGGUCAACGGGCACUUUAGCGUUGCGUACCCAAGACCGUAUUUGCCGAACGUAGUCGACGUCGGAGGUCUGCACAUCGACAAACCAGACGUCGGCAGGCUGCCACAAAGUUUAAAGACGUUUGUCGAAUCGUCCGAACACGGCGUUAUCUACUUUAGUCUCGGCACUUACCUUAAACCGUCUGAAUUUCCCGGAGACCGUUUGGAAGUCUUUGUUCGGGUAUUCGGUAGACUGAAACAAAAAAUAUUGUGGUACUGGCCAUGCGACGAUAAGCCGCCACCCGACCUACCGACCAACGUAGUAACCGAUAAAUGGUUCCCACAGUGCGACAUCUUAGGUCAUCCAAACGUGAAAUUGUUCAUCACUCACGGUGGUCUCCACAGCGUCGAGGAAUCUACUUACAAUGCCGUUCCAAUGGUAGGAAUUCCAUUUUUUGCAGAUCAGUUCACGAACAUAAAGCUUGUAGAACGAAAAGGAUAUGGGAAACUGGUAGAUUUUUUGACCAUGACCGAAAAUUCGUUACACGCCGCCAUUACUGAUGUACUAACCGACCAAACGUACAAACAAAAUGCAGCGUUAUACAGUGAAAUUUACAAGGACGGAGACAUGUCACCUUUAGAUAAAGCCGUUUAUUGGGUCGAGUACGUCCUAAGACACAACGGAGCGCAUCAUCUAAGAAGUAAUUCCGCAAAACUAAAUUCUAUUGAAUAUUUUUUAGUUGACGUUAUCGCCGUAACAUGUAUUUUAGUAAUUCUAUUAUAUUUGAUAUUGUCUAAAAGUAUCACACUAAUUACAAAUGUUCGGUUUUACUUGAGAAAAGUUACUCUAAAAUAAAUUCUGCCAAAACGUGAAUUUCAGUUUCCGUUUCUUUCAAACUCACACUCUGAAGAAAAAAAUACAAUACUAAAAAUUAACAACUAUUAUAUAUUUAUAAUAUUAUAAACAAUGAACUAUUAUAUUUUAUCUUUAUAACAGCACAGGUUAUAUCGUAAUUUUGUUAUUUAUUUAAUAAUUUCAUUGGUUGAAUAAUAUAUGGUCAUUGGAAUGAUAAUCAGCUUCAAGCUAAGCCUCACCUGUUUUCGGAGUUCGGGCUUAUGCUUUUCUUAAAGACAUGUUUUAUAUUUAUUUUCUGUAUACGUUUUAAAAAUAAUACAAUUAAAUGAUUUAAAAAUGUUAUUGUUUAAACUUGCGUAUUGUUAUAUACAUAUAUAAUAUUUAUAUAUUAAACUUAUAGAAACAUAUACAAAUAAC